ACUAAAACUAAAAGACACAGUGAGUGAUACUUCUUGCGUGCUUAGCGGGAGAGUGAAGCUCAGAAUAUUUUCAUUUCUUCCAAAUUCAUCAAUCUCCUUCAUCCUCCAAUGGCCACCCUUUCCGAAUGCACUUCCCCUCCUUGGCCAAACCCUAACCCUAAUCCCACUCCCAACUCAAACCCAAACCCUAAUUUCAUCCCCGACCAAUCCCAAACCCUCGACUUCGACUCCCUCAUGCCUCCGCAACCCGAAUCGCUUCCGCCCCACCACUCCCCCGCCGCUGCCUCGCCGGAACCCUCCCCGACGCCGCCUCCGUCGCUCCUCCACCUCUCCUUCAACCAGGACCAGGCCUGCUUCGCCGCGGCCGCCGACAACGGCUUCCGCAUCUACGACUGCAACCCCUUCCGCGAGCUCUUCCGCCGCGAGUUCGACGACGGUGGAAUCGGUCAAGUGGAGAUGCUCUUCCGCUGCAACAUUCUGGCCCUCGUCGGUGGGGGGUCCCACCCGCAGUACCCUCCCAACAAAGUCAUGAUCUGGGACGACCACCUGGGUCGCUGCAUCGGCGAGCUUUCUUUCCGCGCCGCCGUGCGCGGCGUCAGGCUCCGCAGCGACAGGAUUGUCGUUGUCGUGGAGCAGAAGAUAUUCGUGUACAACUUGGUGGACCUCAAACUGGUGCACCAGAUUGAGACCUUUCUCAACCCUAAGGGGCUCUGCGCGGUUUCCCACUUGUCGGAUUCUUUGGUUCUUGCGUGCCCGGGUUUGCACAAGGGUCAGAUUCGCGUAGAGCACUACGCGCAGAAGAAGACCAAGUUCAUUUCGGCGCAUGAUUCCAGAAUCGCUUGCUUCGCCCUCACUCUUGAUGGGCAGUUAAUCGCCACCGCCAGCACCAAGGGCACGCUGAUUCGGAUUUUCGAUACCGAUCAAGGCACGCUUCUUCAAGAAGUGAGAAGGGGUGCGAAUGCAGCAGAGAUCUAUAGUUUGGCAUUCUCUUCUACUGCUCAGUGGCUGGCAGUCUCAAGUGACAAGGGUACUGUUCAUGUAUUCAGUCUCAAGGUUAAUUCUAGCAUCCCUCAGAAUGAAAAGUCACAAAAUUCAUCCAAUUCUGAUGCUGCCGUUACCCCAUCAAACUCAUCUCGCUCCUUCAUUAAAUUUAAAGGAGUGCUGCCCAAGUAUUUCAAUUCUGAGUGGUCAGUUGCUCAGUUUCAUUUACAAGAGGGCACUCAGUACACAGUUGCAUUUGGUCAACAAAAGAAUACAGUCAUAAUUCUUGGCAUGGAUGGAAGCUUCUAUCGAUGCCAAUUUGAUCCAGCACAAGGAGGGGAGAUGACUAAGCUGGAAUAUCAUAACAUUUUAGAACCGGAACCAGAAACAGCCUUGUGAGAGAAGAGAUGAAAUUCUGUAGCGCUUGGCGUUUCAGCUCUAGUUAGGGUUAUCCUACAGCAAUAUGCAGUAAUGAUAAAUAGACGGAGGUUCUAAAGUAACACUGACCCCAUUAUUACUACCUCAGGGUCGUCCUCGUUACUUUGUAAUAUUUGUAAUUGUAUAGUUUUCUAAUUAUUUUUUUUGAUAAUAAUACUUAGAGCUAUGGUAAAACUUGCAAUCUCUUACCUUUUAAUCUUGCUUGUGUUAUUAUCGUAUGAUUAUGAGAGCUAUGACAUUGUAUAUAUCUUUACAAAAUACAUUCUAACGAUGAAACAUGAAAGUAUUAAACUUGGAUAUACAUUUGACAUUU